AUGGACAUCAAUUCCAGUGCUGGCCUAGCGCUAGCAAUUCUGCUGGUAUUGCAAAGCAGUCCUGGAGCCCUUCAUUUGAUGGCACCCGUUUGCGGGAGCUGGACUCGGAUCUCUCGUGGCACGUCCUGGCGGUCGUGUAUGAAUUGCUUCGGAGAUCUAAGCAAAGAAUGGAUAACUGGUGCUAAUCAAAUGAUUUCAAGGUGUGUUGUGAUUAUGCUUCUUAGCAUAGCCCUCCACUGCAACUUCCUUUGCGAGCAACCCAUGGGGUCUUCAGAUGUGUUCCCAAACCACCCACGACUAUCUUGGCUUUGCAACAAAGUUGCGGUGGUUUGGAGGAACAACUUUUGGAUGCUCCACCACGGCGCGAAGUGCCCCAAGAGAACGACAGUGUGGAGUGUGCAAAGGUGCUUGGUCUUGGGCCUGGAUAAAGGCAAAUUGAAGAAGGCGGUCAAAGAGAAGAAAGCUACAGUUAAGACAACACGCAAAUAUGUGAAGAAGGAUGGCACCAUGGGUUUUUGUGGAUCCUCCUCACUCAAAGGAACGCA